AUGGGUUGGAACCUCUUCUUCUGGCUUGUGAUUUGUUUCCCCUCCAAUAUUGCUCUUCUCGCUUCAAAUUUCUACCAGGUUUUGAUUUUAUCUGACUUGGAAGCUGACUAUAUCAACCCAUUUGAUGCUUCAUCUCGGAUUAACUACUUCAUUCUUCCUGAGUUUAUUGGACAAGGAUUGUUAUGUGCGCUCUGUCUCUUCACUGGUCACUGGCUCAUGUUUUUGCUCAAUCUUCCUCUUACUUGUUAUCAUGCCAUGCUGUAUGUGAAAAGAGAGCAUCUUAUUGAUGUUACUGAAGUGUUUACAGUACUCAAUGCAGAGAAGAAAGUCCGGAUAGCAAAACUUGCUUUGUACUUAAUAGUCCUCAUUGUCACCAUCUUUAGGCUUACAUUGAUUGGUGUCUACUAUUUAGGCCUCGAACACGAUGAUGACUUGGCAUAUCUUUGGUAA